AUGGACAUCCCCAUCAGCAGCAGAGACUUCCGCUGCCUGCAGCUGGCCUGCGUGGCCCUCGGCCUGCUGGCCGGCAGCAUCAUCAUUGGUGUCUCCGUGUCCAAAGCUGCAGCUGCCGUGGGUGGAAUCUUUAUUGGUGCCGCUGCUCUGGGGCUCCUCGUCUUGGCCUACCCCUUCCUGAAGGCUCGGUUCAACUUGGACCGCAUCCUGCCUACAAUAGGGAGCCUGAGAAUCCACCCCCAGCCAGGGCCAGACCACGGGGAAGGAAGAUCCAGCGCCAAUGGUAAUAAAGAAGGAGCCCGCAGCAGCCUGUCCACCGUGAGCAGAACCCUGGAGAAGCUGAAGCCAGGGGGCCGGGGGGCUGGAGAAGGCUGAGGCAGGGGCUGACGGGCUGCCCCCUGCCCUUCCCUCUCUUCCCCCCCGCUACCCCAAUCUCAGAGCCUGCCUGGGUCCAAACCAGAGAUGAACCAGGUCCUGGAGAUGCCAGACCUGCUUUCACCAAGGCCGCUGGAAAUGGAUUCCCUGUGGUGGGGUGGGGCCUGGACCACAGUGUCUCUGGUUUCAGGCUCUUGACCUGGAUUUUCUCUCUGAACUGCAGCUCGGCUUUCUUCCCUUUUUGAUCUACUGGCUGGAUCCUCUGGGAUUUGGGGCCCAGUGAUACCCCAGUCUCUUGCUCCAGCCUGGCCAGGGAAGUGAACCGCACGCUCACAGGAACCACACCGGGUCUGGGCCUGGCCCUGGGCCUCAGGAGCUCACUGGCUGCAUAGAGGGCCUGGACCAGACUCCCCUGAAUAUCAAAAGCUCCAGGCAGAUCCUCAGGAACUGGCCCUGAGCAGCAGUGAACCAGACAGCGGCAUAGCCUAGAAAAACAAAAUGGUCGCUGCCUUGACAGGAGCCCAGGUGACGCAUGGGCCUGGAGGCUUCCAGGAGGAGGUGUCUCCUGAGCUGAGCCCUGCGCUGAGACUCUUGGGGUUUGACUCCACUAUUUAAGGCUUUUCAUGAUCUGACUGCAAACAAGACCUCCAGCCUUCCUCUCCUCCCCACCCUCUCACUGCUCCUGAACCGUCUAAACACGUUCCAGCUCCCAAGCCUUGGCUUGUGUUCUCCUGGAUGCCCCCCACUCUGCUCCUCUCUGCCUAUCAAAUCCCCCACCCUUAAAGGCCUCCUUCCAAGUGUCCCCUUAACCACAAUGCCCUCCUCAUCCUCUUCCACCAGCCUCUGUCUCCCUCUCUCAACACCCUCCAGGCAGGUUGAAGUCUUCUUUUUCACAAAACAGUUACUAAUCCUGUUUAAACCUACUGUCUAUUGCCCUUUUCCAGUUACCAUCAGGAUGCACAGUAAGUGCUCAAUAAAUGUUA